AUGGCCGACAAGCAGACUGUUCAACAAAUCCUUGAUACUAUCCCGCUCCGAUAUCGCGGACCUGGUGGUGUAGCCGCGGUUCUCAAGGAUGGCGAACUGAUCGGGCAGCGCGUCUGGGGUUAUGCCGAUGUUGACCAGCGCAUCCCUCUGACGCCUCAAAUUCGAAUGCCGAUUUGUUCCAUCACGAAGCAAUUUGUCUGCGCUCUUUUGAUUGACCUUCAGCGCAACCCGACAUCUGCAAUGCUUGCCAAGGGAGACAUCAAGGCCCAGUUUACGGAGAAGUUUCGGGAAUUGGUUCUGCCGGAGUUGACACAAGAUACAGGGUUGACUCUGGACAACUUGUGCGAUAUGCAGUCUGGUCUACGUGACUACUGGGCAAUGACUACACUUUGGGGCACCAAGCCAGAGGAUGAGUUCCUGGUAGAACGGGACUGUCCGCCAAUGGUGGAUCGUACCAAGUCGUUUCAUUUUAAGCCCGGCACCGAGUUCUCUUAUUGCAAUGUCAACUUUUAUUUCGUCGCCCGAGUCAUUGAGCGUGUGACUGGGGAGUCUCUUGGGAAGCUGCUUGCAGAGCGGAUCCUUGGACCAGCUGGGAUGAAGACUGCGUUCCUCUGUCCGGACAAUGCCAAACUUCCACCUCCGUGUCUCGGCUACGAAGGAACAGAAGACACGGGAUUCGUGCCAGCUUUGAAUCGGAUGGAGUGGUCUGGUGAUGCUGGACUAACUGCAUCACUCAUUGAUAUGAUCGCUUGGGAGAAGCAUCUACAUGGCCUGUUCGCCGACUCGGGAAGUUGGUACCAUAAAGUCGCACAAGGAACCACCUAUCAUGAUGGCACUCCUGCUGAUUAUCACUAUGGAAUGAGUCGUAUCAGCCUUGACGGCGUCGUUACCUUGGGUCAUGGUGGUGCGCUGCGUGGCUACCGAAUUCACCGCCGUCAUGCGUUGCACGAGCGUCUAUCUGUUGUAGUUAUGUUUAACCACGACGCAGCAGCCGACGCCGCCGUCGAAGACAUCAUGCGUGCCAUCUUCAAUAAGCCCAAACCCGUGUACGCCCCCUUGGAGCCAAGCCCCGCUUGGAUUGGCAGCUUCCUUGACCAGGAAACUCAGUUGUCUAUCACCGUGACCAAGGGGUCGAUCACAGGAGAGCUCGUUAUUGCCUACGAGGGUAGCCCAGAAACCAUCAAAUUGACCGACGCCAUUCAUGGUAAGAAUCCCAGCAUAUCUGCCAGUAUAGAUGGAGAUAUUUUGCACAUGCAUCGCAUCUCGGAGAACAGAAAGCUCGUCGCUCGACGACUUGUUCCGAACGAUACUAGCUUCAAAGACAACUUGAUCCCCGGUGAUUAUGAGUGCGAGGAGGUCAAAUCCGUGUUCCACUGUGUGGGCGAAGCAGGAAUGUUAUACGGAUCAUUUGAUGGAUAUCUUGGCCAGGGAACCGCAACUGCCAUGAAAUACCUUGGUGAUGAUGUGUGGGCGCUUCGCAACCCCCGAGGAUUGGAUGCUCCGGCCCCAGGUGACUGGACGGUAGUUUUCCACCGUGAUGAAAGUGGUGCUAUCAUCGGAUUCAAGAUUGGGUGUUGGCUAGCCAGAGGUAUUGACUUUAUCAAAGUAUAA